CUUAUGCUGCCACGUGGCUAGAUCUCCGUGACACUCCCUAACCAGCUGGACGCGCCCCGGCCUGGGCUCACGAAUUCAAUCGAUAAUCACACUCCCUAGGCGCACACGUCGCGGAACCUCUCUAUGUUGCUGAAGUCAUAACAAGCGAAUCUAUUUUCACCUGGAUUACAGAGAUUCCGUCCUUACAUCAAAUUACGAGCCGCGACUCGGAAUUUAUGUUUGUCCUUAGUCCUGCCGCAGCAACCUGGGAGCUCAUUAAAGGAGGUUGCCGUGGCAGCGCGGUCCAAGUGCCGCUGGGGAAAUUAGCUACCGACUCGCCACUAUUGCGUCCCAGAUCACAGCACCUGCUGCGGUGACGAUCGGGCUGACGACUUUAUCGUAGCCGGGGAUCGCUAAACGGGGAUCGCCUCUCAGGCGGGCGUUCCUGCCGAUAGGAUCUCGAUAGGAGCCCUACCGAUAGGAUCCCUACCGAUAGGAUCGGUGACGGCAAGCAAUCAGCGAGGUGGUGGUGGUGGGAGGGUGGAUACGGGCCGCGCGGUUGCUUUUGAGUCGACUCAAGGGGCGGUCAAGGGGCGGUUGUUCCUGUCGACAGGAUCAUCGGUGGCAGCAAUCGGCGUGGCGGUGGUGGAAGGAUGGAUACGAGCCGCGCGGCGGAAGGGGGCGGAGCGGGGGAAGCGCUGAGGGAAGCUAAGAAUGCGAGGGAAGAGGGGGAAGAGAGGAGAGGGAACACGGCGAUUGGGGAAAAAACAGGAGAGGUGUCGCGUGGUAGCGGUGGUGACGCGGAGAAGAGCGCUGGGAGCGCGGAAGACGUGGCAAGGCGUGCGGGGAGCGCGGGGGCCACAUGCGGAGCGAGCGAGGGAAGCACAGGGGCCACAGGCGGAGGGAGCGCAGGGAUCACAGGGAGCGCGGGGAGCCCAGAAAGCGCGGGGGGCGCAGGGAGCGUGGGGGGGAGGAGCGCGGGGAGCGGGAGUGAGAAGCGGGCGGGCGAGGAGGGGGGCGAGGUGCGCGUGUACGUGGACGGCAUCUUCGACCUCUUCCACUUCGGCCAUGCACAGGCGCUGCAGCAAGCCAAACAGCUGUUCCCUCGAACUUACCUGAUAGUGGGUUGCUGCAAUGACGAGGACACAGCCAGGCUCAAGGGCCCUACAGUGCUGACCCACAAGGAGAGAUGCCUAGCCCUCAAACACUGCCGGUGGGUGGAUGAGGUGGUGGAGAAUGCGCCAUGGGUUCUCACCGAGAGCUUCAUCUCCCAACAUUGCAUUGACUACGUCGCACACGACUCCAUCCCUUAUAUGCAGAAGCCGGAGGGAGGUUCCUCAGACCAAGCUGAAGACGUAUAUGCAUAUGUGAAGAGCGUGGGCAAGUUCAUCCCCACCACACGCACUGACGGCAUAUCGACAUCCGACAUCAUAGCGCGCAUCAUCAGCCGCAGGGACGACUACAUCCUUCGCAACCUCUCCAGGGGAUACCCGCCCUCUGCUCUCAGCCUCUCCUUCCCUGCUGUGUGCUACUAUCAAGGGAAGCUUCUUCUUGCCGACGUCCACAAGCACAUCCAUCGCCUAAUCAGCAGGCUUGCACGCAUUCCCGUCGUCGCAUGGAUAUUCACAUCAGCAUCAACGAGCCACCACCCAAAGAAGCACUGAGGGUCUUCUGAGGUGCCUCCUGCUGCUGCUGCUGCUGCUGCUGCUGCUUCCGCCGCCGCCGCCGCUGGUGGUGCUGCCGCUACCCUGCAUAUAGCGACAUGUGCCCCACUCCGUCACUUGGACUUGCUUCACGACACGAGGCGCCAACAUACUUGCUACCCCUGGCAAACAGAUAAGGGCUAAAAUUUUCACCCCUGCCACUAAUCCUCCCCUAGCUACCCGCCCCAUACAGUUUAGAAGGUAACCUGUGGUACCAACAUGAGCUACAGUACAAUGAAGCUCUCAAAGAAAAAAACUGAAUAAUUGGAUAGAGGGAGAGAACAAGUGUAUAUACCUAAUAGUGUUGUACCCUCUAAGAGGUGACCCUAUACAGU